CAGUGUUACUGUUUAAAUUAAAUUUAAAACUUAUAGAUCUUACUGUUGGAAGCGGGAAUUGAAGAACCGGAAGUUACUGGUGUCCCAGCAUUCGCGCCGAUAUUAACUUCUACUAAUAUUGAUUGGCAGUAUCAAACCCAACCGGAUAAAUUUUCUUGUCGGUCAAGAACAGGUCAAGUUUGUGCUUGGGCACGUGGAAAGGUGAUGGGCGGCUCGAGCUCCAUAAAUUACAUGCUUUACGUACGAGGAAAUCGUGGUGACUAUGACGAAUGGGCUAGUCUCGGAAAUUACGGAUGGGAUUACGACAGCGUAUUACCAUAUUUCUUAAAGUCUGAAAAUAAUGACGAUCCGGACAUUGUCAAAAAGAAUCCAAAGUACCAUGGAACAGGUGGAUAUCUAAACGUCGAGAGAUUUUCUUACCAAGACAUAAAUUCCCACAUUCUAUACAACUCUUUGAAAGAACUGGGCUAUCCGGAGGUCGAUUCGAAUGCUGAAAACCAAUUGGGAUUGAUGGAAGUCCAGACAACGAGCAACGACGGAAUGCGAAUGAGCACAAACGCGGCUUUCAUCCGCCCGAUUAGACAAAAACGGAAAAAUUUGGUCAUCGAAACUCAAGCUCACGUGAUUAGAGUAGUAAUAGAUCCAAAAACAAGAGUUGCGAUUGGCGUUGAGUACUUGUCAACCAAAACUGGGUUCACCAAAAUGGCGUUUGCUUCCAAAGAAGUGAUUCUAUCAGCCGGGUCGUUGAAUUCUCCCAAAAUUCUGAUGCUUUCCGGAGUCGGACCAGAGCAAGAUUUAAAAUAUUUGGGAAUCCCGGUAAUCUAUAAUUCCUACGUGGGUUACAAUCUCCAAGAUCACGCGACCCUCGACGGCGUUAUCUUUGAUUUGAGCAACAAAACAAGCGUUUCAGCAGACUAUGAUGAGAUGGUGAGAGACAUAGAGUAUUACCAGCACUCCAAAAGCGGCCGGCUAUCCACAAUGGGCCCGAUAACCAUAAACACCUUCAUCCAAACGCGCUUCGAAGAAUCCUUCACCAGACCUGACAUUCAGUACAGUUACGAACCUAUAAACGUCGAAGAAUUCUACAAAGAUCCAAUCCAGUUCAGGGAAACUGCUGCCUUUCCAAUUACUUACUACAACGGCAUAAUGGCUAAGCCAAUUUUGCUGGCGCCGAGAAGCCGCGGGCUUCUAAGGCUGAACUUCACCGAGCCCAUUUGGGGAGGCCCGGAAAUUUACCCGAAUUUCUUCACCGCUUACCCCGAUUUGGACACACUGAUUGAUGGGAUAGAAAUUUCAUUGGAGCUGCUCAACACACAAUCUUUCAUUGAAAAUGGCUGGAGACUAAGAGAAGAACCUCUGCCGGGUUGCAUACAUUUGCCCUUUGGAACGCGCCAGUACUGGGCUUGCGUGAUUAUGGAGUACACGGGAACCAUUUACCAUCCUGUUGGCACGUGUAAAAUGGGGCCGAAGAGUGACAGAUCAGCAGUUGUUGACCCGCAAUUACGGGUCUACGGAGUGGCUUCUUUGCGUGUUGUAGACGCUUCUAUCAUGCCUAAGAUUGUCAGAGGAAACACUAAUGCACCUGUUAUAAUGAUAGCUGAAAAAGCCAGCGACAUGAUUAAGUCUCAUUGGUUAGGCAAAUGACUUUUAUCCUCAUUAGCUUCGUUAUCAUCAAUAGUCAUUAAAGUCUGACCUUUCGACAUUUAUUACUCUUUUAAUCACCUUGUUGUUUUUCACACACUUUUUUUA